AUUCGCUUAAAGACACGUCAUCACAAACGAGGACAACGGAUAAGGACCUGCCAUCUCUUGUUUUCUCUCUCACACACAACACCGAAACACACACAAUUCUCUCUCUAUCAUGGCCUAUAUAUCGAAUCUAAAGGUUGCCAUUUCUUCUCCAUUAUUGACCUUUUCUUUCACCCAAAGGAUCAGAUUGUUUAAUCCAUUUCGUUGUGUUUAUUAAUAUUUAAAUCAAAUAUUUUCCUCCUCUUUGAACGCUGUUUGGAUCGUUUAUAAUCCACAAUUUCACCAUAUAAAUCAAUCUGUAGGAGCUGAUUUCAAUAUCUGGUAUCGAAAAGUUUUAAUUUGUUGUUAAGAAGAAGAAAAAAUUCAUGGCGUGUACUGCUGGAAUGAUCCAUGGCUGUGUUUCAUCAUCGACCUCUUCAUCGUCGUCAUCGUGGGGGAAAUUGAGAAAUUCGAACAAGAAGAAGGCGGCGAGAGGAAGUGGUGGCGCUGAUCAGAGGUUUAGGGUUAGAUGUGUUUCGACAAGUCCUUUAGCUUCCGAUCCGUAUAAAACUUUGAGUAUUCGUCCUGGAGCUUCUGAAUCUGAGGUCAAAAAGGCUUUUAGACAGCUAGCUUUGAAGUAUCAUCCAGAUGUGUGCAGAGGAAGCAAUUGCGGAGUCCAGUUUCACCAAAUCAACGAAGCUUACGAUAUGGUGAUGAGUCAUUUGAGAGAUGAAACAAGUGUACCAGAAAUGGAGUAUUAUGGAUCGUCGGAUGCAGGGCUCGAUGAACCGAUGAGAGGAAUGGAGGAUCCUGAUUGGGAUAUGUGGGAAGAGUGGAUGGGUUGGGAAGGUGCUGGAAUUCGAGAUUACUCUUCACACAUUAAUCCAUACAUUUGAAGAAAUUGAAGAUCCAUGGUUUCUAGUUUCUAAAAUGAAUCCAAUGCAUCGUUUAAUUUGAAUAAUGGUAAUUUAAGUGUCUGGAUCUGUAAUCUGUAUAUAAAGAGUAGUCUGAAGAGAUGACUGUAUUAACGUUCAUCUCUCUUGUACAUAAGUCUGAUUUUAUGAUUAAUCGUCUGUAGUUUCUGUUCAGGAAUAAAAAAAAUUCUUGAACUAUGAUCUUCAUCUUUUUGUGUGUGUGGUUCAUCUGUUUUUGUUUGGGUUUUUUAAUACACGCCACAAUCAUUUUACAUUUAGGGAUGUCAACGGGCAAGAGACGCAAAUGAGUUGAAGAUCGAUUAAAGUGGAUAAGUCGAAUAGUUUUUAUAAAGUUUUAUCUGGUAUUAUGUAUGACUGUAUGUGAUAAGCCUACGCCAAAGAGCUUGUAGACAUAGGUUAACAAACUAUUAGACACAAGGGAAUGUUGAAGCACUUAUAUUGUAAUUCCAUAUAAACUGCAUCAUGAAGAGGAAGAUCCGUGGCAUGGAUUAGCUUUGGUGGAAACAUUGUCCAUACGACUAAUAGUAGACGUUGCCUAAAUCGUGGAUCGACUAUUAUAAAAUUUUGAUAUCGUUAGUCCGAUUUAGGGAUAUUUUCUUGUUGAUCGUAUGCAGGUUCGAGGCUGAGGGUAGUGUGUAAAAUUACAUGUCCCGAAUAAGUCACGGGUUUUAGUCGAUUUAUAAAGUUAAUAUACUAAUAUAGAAAAUGACUUGUGAGGCC